AUGGCCAGCGUGCCGGCGGGGGCAGAGGGCGACGUGCCCUCCUCGCCCCCAGGAACCCCUGCUUCAGUCCGAGCUGCCGCCUGCUCUGCCACCACCUCCGCCGCCUGCUUCCGGCAGCUCUUCCUCUCCACCUCCACCCAGCCCAACCAGCCACCCUCAGCCCAGGUAGACGGGAGCCCUCGGGCCUCCUGGAGGAGGAAGGCCAGUGCCCAGGUGGUACCUACAGUUAGUUGGGAACUCCGAAAUAAGGAGGUGGUGUUUCAAGAACACGGAACCACUCUGGAGAAGCUGGGCAGGAAGGCCCAAUGCGGAACCGGGGCAGGGGGGCGGCGAGAAGCAGACUUUGGAAGGGGCCUGAUUGAAUGCAGAGAGGAGGGGGCCAGGGAGAGCAGCGAAGCGGGCAGGGGCUGGGCCGCGGAGGCGCGGCACCGAUCCAGGCCGGGCUCACAGGUAGAAGGGGCUGAGGACCGGGAGGCCAGUGCUGCCCUGGAGAGAGGCCCACCGGGAGAGCCCGGACCUCCAGGUCCUCCGGGGCCUCCAGGUGUUCCCGGAUCAGACGGCAUCGACGGCGACAAGGGGCCCCCUGGGAAAGCUGGUCCUCCGGGACCCAAGGGAGAUCCUGGAGAAGCAGGGCCAGAUGGGCCGGAUGGGAAGCCUGGGAUUGAUGGUUUAACUGGAGCCAAGGGGGAGCCUGGCCCUGUGGGGACCCCCGGAGUCAAGGGCCAGCCUGGGCUCCCAGGUCCCCCAGGCCUGCCAGGCCCUGGUUUCGCUGGACCUCCCGGACCACCCGGACCUGUUGGCCUCCCUGGAGAGAUUGGAGUCCCAGGCCCCAAGGGAGAUCCAGGACCAGAGGGACCAUCGGGGCCCCCAGGACCACCUGGGAAACCGGGUCGCCCGGGAACCAUCCAGGGCCUGGAAGGCAGUGCGGAUUUCCUGUGUCCAACCAACUGCCCAGCAGGUGUGAAAGGCCCCCCGGGGCUGCAGGGAGUGAAGGGACACCCAGGCAAACGCGGGGUUCUGGGAGAGCCUGGCCGUCAAGGGAAGCCGGGCCCCAAGGGAGAUGUGGGCGCAUCUGGAGAGCAAGGCAUCCCUGGACCACCGGGUCCCCAAGGUAUCAGGGGCUACCCAGGCAUGGCAGGACCCAAAGGAGAGACGGGUCCCCGUGGGUAUACAGGCAUGGUGGGGCCUGUCGGCGCUGCUGGGCCCCCGGGUGAGGAAGGUCCAAGGGGACCACCAGGCCGAGCCGGGGCGAAAGGUGAUGUGGGUGGCCAAGGCGUUCGUGGACCCCAGGGAAUAGCAGGCCCGAAGGGAGCAACCGGCCCCCCAGGCAUCGAUGGCAAGGAUGGGACCCCAGGCACACCCGGCAUGAAGGGCAGUGCAGGCCAGGCGGGGCGACCAGGAAACCCAGGCCACCAAGGCCUAGCGGGUGUGCCUGGCCAGCCUGGGACGAAAGGAGGCCCUGGAGACAAGGGCGAGCCAGGCCAGCAGGGCCUCCCUGGGUUUUCUGGCCCCCCCGGGAAGGAGGGAGAGCCAGGGCCACGAGGAGAGAUCGGUCCCCAGGGCGUCAUCGGGGAGAAGGGUGACCAGGGUGAGAGGGGGCCGGUGGGGCAGCCAGGUCCUCAAGGACGCCAGGGCCCCAAGGGGGAGCAGGGCGCACCGGGAGUUCCAGGGCCCCAAGGCUUGCCUGGCAUCAAGGGAGACAAGGGCUUCCCGGGGAAGAUCGGGCCCCGCGGCGGAGUGGGCGACCCGUGGGUGGCCGGCCUCCCGGGAGAGAAAGGCGAGAAGGUGAGCGCGGGCGUGGGGGCGAGCGCGAGGGGCGGGCAGGUCGGGGCCCCACUGCUUCCUGACUGGCGCCUUGGCCCUGCAGGGCGAGUCUGGAGAGCCGGGGCCCAAGGGACAGCUGGCCCCGGGGCAGGGGGCCCCCUAGGCAGGCAAUGGGGGGCCUCUCCCCACAUUACUAAUGGGGACAUUGGUGAUACCACCUCGAGGGACGCUGGUUCCAAGCCCCCGGUGGCAGAGGGUGGUGUGAGUGCAGCAGGGCGGGGUUCAGUCAGGUCGGGGCAAAUCCUUCUGGAGAAGGGAGGGAGCGGGAGGGCAUCACAGGGAGGCGGCCCCCCUGGCUGCUUCCUCCUGAAAAGCCCCGUCGGCAUCCAGGGCCGAGACCCCAGUGACCAGCACAUUGUGGACGUGGUGCUAAAGAUGCUGCAAGAGCAACUGGCAGAGGUGGCUGUGAGUGCCAAGCGGGAAGCCCUGGGGGCAACUGGGAUGAUGGGACCGCCUGGACCCCCAGGGCCGCCCGGGUACCCAGGCAAGCAGGGACCCAAUGGGCACCCUGGCCCUCGGGGCAUUCCCGGCAUCGUGGGCGCCGUGGGUCAGAUUGGCAACACGGGGCCCAAGGGAAAACGUGGAGAGAAGGGUGAUCGAGGAGAAGUGGGACAUGGGCACCCCGGGAUGCCUGGGCCCCCAGGGAUCCCAGGACUCCCUGGCCGAUCUGGCCAAGCAAUCAAUGGCAAGGAUGGAGACCGAGGGGCCCCAGGAGCCCCAGGAGAGGCCGGCCGACCUGGCCUGCCGGGGCCCGUGGGGUUGCCAGGCUUCUGUGACCCUGCAGCCUGCCUGGGAGCUUCAGCCUACGCCUCUGCCCGCCUCACGGAGCCUGGAUCCAUCAAGGGACCAUGAGCGUCAGGCCAGGACAGAGCCCAGCAGACACCCUGGGGGGAAAGGACGAGGCCCUUUUUGGGUGGACACAACCCCCAUCCUGCAGCCCAGGAAACUAGCUUUCCAGGACCUCUGUCCGGUACCCAGGAGUCCUGAGGAAAGGAAUUCUGAAGGGGGGGGGGAGAGGGAAGGGAGGCACCGCAGUGAAAAUGUGAGGCUGGCAGACAGGCAGGUGUCGCUGCAGGGAAGCUCCGGAAGAAGGCACAGGAGCUCUCCCCGGGGCACCGCGUGGAUGUCACCAGCCAACUGUCUCCUUAACCCGCAGCACUGCCAUGCACCCGCCUGUCCAUGGGGCAGGUGGCCUGAGGUCUGCCAGUUCCUGAUCACUCUCUCUGGACUUGUGACCACCAGAGGUGGCCGUCCUUCAGCCAGCCCCACCCCUUCCUGCCACCCACCCGAGUAUUUAAACGCCUGUCUCCCUCCUCUUCCUGGCCUUACUCUCCAGCAUCCUCUCCCCAGAUCCACCCUGGUCUUUCUGUAAAUAAAAGUCCCCAACUUGGGUACAAACUA